AUGUUUCGAGGCACGAUAUCGCGGGAAACGUGGACCCUUGCCUUGCUCUUCUUUAUUUUCGCUCACGUGGCUUGUCUGGAUGUUAAACUUCUGCGUGAUAAUUCUUUGACUACCUCGAAUUAUGGUACGACGAAUUCGACCCGUAAUCGAAAGGGCAAGUUCUUGUUUGAUGAAUUGUUCGGCCUUGACAUAAGUAGCAGCGUGGACGAUGAUGAUGUAUCAAGGAAUUGUACAUGCGAAUGCGGUAUAUCGAAUCAGGAGGAUCGAAUCGUCGGUGGACGACCGACAACCCCGAAUAAAUAUCCGUGGGUGGCGAGGCUCGUGUACGAGGGUCGUUUCCACUGCGGAGCCAGCCUCGUUACCAAUGAUUACGUUAUUACUGCUGCUCACUGUGUACGAAGGUUAAAACGUUCAAAAAUACGUAUAAUAUUAGGUGAUUACGAUCAAUAUGUGAAUACCGAUGGAAAAGCUAUAAUGAGAGCAGUGAGCGCUAUAAUUCGUCACAAAAAUUUCGACAUGAAUUCGUACAAUCAUGAUGUUGCUUUGCUGAAACUUCGAAAAUCUGUGAAAUUUUCCAAACGUGUCAAACCAGUAUGUUUACCUCAAAAAGCUAGCGAUCCAGCUGGUAAAGAAGGUACCGUAGUAGGCUGGGGUCGGACAUCGGAAGGUGGUAUGCUGGCUGGACAAGUCCACGAGGUUCAAGUACCCAUAUUAAGUUUAAUACAGUGUCGUAAAAUGAAGUAUCGAGCUAAUCGAAUUACGGAUAAUAUGAUAUGCGCCGGUCGAGGCAGUCAAGAUUCUUGUCAGGGUGAUAGUGGUGGACCUCUUCUCGUGCAGGAAGGCGAUAGACUCGAAAUAGUUGGAAUAGUUUCUUGGGGUGUAGGCUGCGGAAGACCAGGAUAUCCUGGAGUUUAUACAAGAGUAUCUAGGUACCUGAAUUGGAUUAACACAAAUAUGAAACAAGGAUGUAUAUGUACAAAUUAAAAAGGAUCGAUCAAUUGUUCAAAAUGAUAUUUCCAUAAAAAAAAUCUACAAAAUGGAAAAUCUUCUACUAAUUUAAUUUAAUGACAAUAUUUUAUAUUAUAAUUCCAUCAAAUUAUUUAUUAAUCCAAUCAUGUUGUGUUGAGAGUGUUCUG